AUGGGCAGAAGACCAGCUCGCUGCUACCGCGUCUGCCGCGGAAAGCCUUACCCCAAGUCACGCUACAACCGAGGUGUGCCUGACCCCAAGAUCCGCAUCUACGAUAUCGGUCGCAAGAAGGCCCCCGUGGCUGACUUCCCCUUCGUGGUCCACAUCGUCUCCAACGAGGUCGAGCAGAUCUCCUCCGAAGCUCUGGAGGCCUCGCGUAUCGCCUGCAACAAGUACCUGACCAAGCACGUGGGCAAGGACAACUUCCACAUGCGGUGCCGCGUGCACCCCUGGCACGUGCUCAGAAUCAAUAAGAUGUUAUCAUGCGCUGGAGCUGAUAGACUCCAGGCAGGAAUGAGAGGCGCCUUCGGUAAAUCCUACGGCAAGGCCGCCAGAGUCAAAAUCGGCUCCAUUCUCUACUCCGUCCGCAUCCGUGAGGGCGACGUCAAGAAGGCUCUCGAGGCCUUCAGAAGAGCCAAGAACAAAUUCCCCGGCAGUCAGAGAAUCGUCGUCUCCAACAAGUGGGGAUUCACCAAGCUCACCCGUCUCGACUACCAGAAGAGAGCCGCCGAGGGCACCAUCAUCAACAACGGCUCCGACGUGAAGCUGGUCCGCACCAAGGGCCCCCUCGCCCAGUCCCCCCUCUUCAUCGACGCCAAGGUCCCCAAGAAAUGA